CUGUGGGGAACUAGACAAAAAUGUGGGACAGUUCUUUUGUCAGUGCCAUGUUGAGGAACUCGGACCGUGCGUGUUUCAUGUGUUUUAAAUUUGGGUCACUAAUCGCACGGUCCGAUUAAUGUUGAAAGGGAAAAAUAUUGUAAGGUUGAAAUCGGACCCUACGCUUUCCUUAGGAGGUAAUUUCAUUGCUUUCGUAUGGUCCGAGUUCAUAGUAGAAGAGUUGCAUCGAGCAACAACCGUAAUCGAACCCUACGUUUUCUGGAAUAGUUUUAGGAACACGGAGGGUCCGAGUUCGCUUCCCAUUUUUUUUUUUUAAAACAUGCGUUCAGUUUAACCUAGUCGAAGGGUGCGAGUUCAUGAAGGUUGCUUAUAUAAAAGAGUGAAGUGAACUUGUGGGAGCUUAGUGCCGUCUGCCUCCUUGUUGAACCGCUUCUUCUUCUCUUCUUGUCUCUGGUUUUUUUCAGUUUUGCUCGCGAAGAUUUAGUUGUCAAGACUAAGCUUAUGCUUAUUUUUUGUUGAGUGAAAAAAAUGAGUGAUAGAGUAUUACUAAAAAUACAUUAUUUUGGUCAGAUUUUGUUACAAACGAGUGAAGGAGUGAAAUUUAUUUGUGAAAAUCCAUUAGAUGUUGUUAUUCCAUUUAUUAUCUCAUUUGAAGAACUCAAAGGUGUAAUCUGUGAAAAGAUUAAUUCUGAGAGGGCAAGAAAGAUAUCCUGUAUUCUAUACAGAUAUCCCGUACCGGUGUUUGGUGGGUUCAUCCAGUAUCAAACCAAAUAUGUGACGGACGAAGCGAGUAUGCAGGAUAUGUUUUCAAUGUAUAUUGGAAACCGGUCUCAGAUAUCGUUCCUCGAGUUGUAUGUUGAGUUUGAACAAUCUGAGGCUGACCGGAAUAUUCUGCGGGAAGAGUAUAAUAGUGACAGUGAAGAAGAGUUCGAAAGCAACUACGAAUUUGUUGGUCCAGAUGGAGAUGAAGAUCAAGGCGCCGGAACCAUAGCCCCAGAUGUGACAGAAGUGGCAAAUGCACUCGCAAACGAAGUGCCGUUUGAGGAGCCAUCAUUCAUGCGAGCGUUGGACUUGGAAGCCAUGCAUGCUCUGGAAUUUCCGGAAUAUGUGACUGCAGAAGUUCCUAUUGUCGCAGAUGGUGAAUUUGCCAUCGGUAUGGAGUUCAGUUCCAGAGAAGCUGUUAUUAAGGCGGCAAAAGAGUAUACGAUACGACGAAGCGUAGACUACCGGGUGUAUGAGUCUGUGGCGAAGCGUACACAAACUGGUUAA